AUGGCUAGAUGUGACCUGCCAUCCUUCAAUCGCAUAAACGACGGUUUGGUGCUCAACUCGUCUCCGGAGGAAGUACACAUGCUAGUCGCGAAGCAAGUUUGGCCUUCCAGCCACUAUCUUCACUUCAAUCGAGCAACAAUGCCUCGUGUUGACUUGACAGGAGUUAUGUUCUGGACAGCCUACCCUAGUCGUAGGAUUAGGUUAUUCACUUCAUCACAGCAGUGGUUUCUAGCAAAUAUACCUUUCGACUUACGUGAUGGAAUAGCUCCAGGGGCUUUUGGCUGGUCUCCACGACUACAUGCCGCCAGGUCUCGCUUCACCUUUCUCUCACUACCAGGGCCUUUGCAUGAGACCUUGCCCCUCGGUAGUAAUGGGACAACGGCCCCCAGCUUGCGAUACUGGACCAUAGAGUUCCCGGAUUGGCCUGUCAAAACACUGACAACAAGUCUCCGGUAUCCCCAGGUCACUUUUCUUGCCAUACACACAUAUCAUUUCGGACGUCGCUUCUCGAGUGCAGUUCAAGUAACUCCCCUAUUCUCGCGACCUGAUUUCGAUUGCAUAGAGUGUCCAAUGGUCUCCUCCUCUGUUGGUGUUCCUGUCCGGCUUAGGAUUAUUUCAACGCACAUUUUAGGGAUUUGUACUCUUUGCUCCCUCGUUACCGUUACAAACAUUGGCCUCGCAGCAGCGCGCAUGACCAUCGGCUCACAAGCCGCGCUCACAGUCACAGAUACCACCGUCCCGGUAGGACUCGGGACAUGCAGCGACCCAUUCUCACGGUUUGUACGGCGCGGUACCAGCACCGACACAACACAGAUGAUGAAGACUGGUAACAAGAGAUGGUGGCAGGUCAAGAAAUGCCAACGCCACUACAGCAGAGCUUUCAGCUACCAUAGACAAAAGAUUUUCACACACACAGAUAGGUUCAUCGUGUACAGCGGCUAG